UUUUAAUCAUUGGAGGGCACUACAUCAGCUCUGUCAUAAAACAAUUUCCAUACGAAACUGUAACUCCUAGCAGUGCUCACUAACUUUCACAUUCUCUUCUGAGCACACAGGAGGAUCACGUUUUAACUGAGGUCUAAAGCACAAGGGAUAAUAUCUAGAUUCGCAAUCAAGAUGUUGGGCUUGCAGUCUAUGUGUUGGCUGAUAGUGUACCUGGCAAUUCAGCCUUCUGCUGCUUUGUCCUCUGUCGAAUGCCAGUUGGGUUGGGGCGGAUUGAGCUGCUGGGAGAAUAACCCUUUGCCGAAGAUACUAAUUGGAGUUGGAGUGGUGGUGGGUGUCAUUGUGGUCGUGGCCUUACUAUCUUGCUGCAUCUGUGCCCUUUGCAAAACCGAAUCUCACCGAAGGGAUGUUAUACACACAGCUCCCACCACUGUGAUGCCGAUGGCCUAUGGACAACCUGUGGCGAUGUACCCAGGCUACAAUGCCUACCAGCCAGUGCCUCUUCAAAUGCCUCCUGCACAACUGGCUAUGACUGCCGCUCCUUGCGCUAACGCUUACCCACCAGCAGGUCAAGCACACCCACCUUCAUACAUGGAGGCAGCACCUGGUGGACAACCGGUACAUCAGCCCAUGGGACAACCUUCAUACAUCCCUAACGGAAGCAUGAAUGAUAAUCCAAACUUUGUCAAUCCAGAGCAACACAAAGUGUGAACAAAAUCACUAGCCGCACCCAAAAAAAUGCUUCUGCCUGCUUUCGUCCCUCCCAAUAUUCUUUAACCAAGUCCAAGGUUGAGUGAGAUAGGUGGCUUCAGUGCAAAUCUAAACAGAAGGUGUGCGAGAAAAAGUUAGAGAAAUGUACAGCCAGAACAAAAAAAUUUAGAGGUUACGGCAUUUGUCUGUCUUUGUCAUGUAAUUCAUUAUCCAUUAUGGUGAGCAGAAAUGUCUUUCUACUUAAUAAUGCCUGGUCUGAAUUCAGGUCCUUAUCACAGACUCAAGUUCUCUCUGGGACCUUGAUUUCUUUGUUACCCUCAGACUUGGCUGUUUUAAAGCACUCGUGCCUAACAUUUUACACACAGCCUCCAUGCAGCUUAACGUCUAAAACUCUGUCUCAAAUCUAAACUUCCCAUCCAUGGUUUCAAAUCCCCAGGGCAAUUCCUUUUCCUAACACUAUCUAUGGCUUCCUACGGGCCUACUUCAGUAUCCUUGCUCCCAUUCAAUACAAGCCUCUCAAAUGUAGUUGCUCCACUAUAUCAUGCUUGCCUUCAGAUAUCUGGGCAUAAGCUCUCAAACUUGCUCAGCUUCCUCUUCUAAGGGCUUUCAAAUCCUCAUUUAAAUCCACCACUUUCAACAUGUUUUUGACCAGAUGUUCUACCACCCUGUUAUUUUUAAUGAGAAUGCAAAAGCAGAGCAAGCCAGAGAACUCCAACUUGGAGCUAUGACACUGACUGUACCUGGGGCAUGGACAAAUCUGGACCAUGGGCCUGGUGACUUAAUUAAGGGAAGUCCUCAACUUCAAAAAGGGGGCUCAGGCUUAACUGCACAAAUGAAUGAUAAAUAUUCCCAUCUGAUUUUCCUGCUUUCAUGCUAACAAUGCUGAAAAAAGUUGAUCUUACAAAAAAUAGGGUUUAUUACAUUGCUGGUAAGAUUAUUAUAGUUAAAGGUCUUUAUUUCAACAUGGGCGGUUAUGGGCAGCGGUAGAGUUGCUGCCUUACAGCAAAUGCAGCGCCGCAGACUCGGGUUCGAUCCUGACUAAGGGUGCUGUCUGUACGGAGUUUGUACGUUCUCCCCGUGACCUGUGUGUGUUUUCUCCGAGAUCUUCGGUUUCCUCCCACACUCGAAAGACGUACAGGUUUGUAGGUUAAUUGGCUUGGUAAAUGUAAAAAUUGUCCCUAGUGGGUGUAGGAUAGUGUUAACGUGCGGGGAUCGCUGGUCGGCGCGGACUCGGUGGACCGAAGGGCCUGUUUCAGCGCUGUAUCUCUAAACUAAACUAAAAUGAAUAUUGUUUCUAAUGUUCUAGCUUUUUGAUAUGCCUCAUAAAACAGGUUAUAUAUAGAAAAACAUGUUGGGUUCAGCUAAAGUAAACAAGGAAACUGGAUUUAAUCUGUGAGUUUAACAGUAAUAAAAUGGUGACAGCAUGUUUUGUUUUAGAUUAUGCUAAUUUUUGAUCUUGCAAAUUAAAAAUCUGUUUUUGGAAACAGCCUUUAUUUUUCAGAUUUAUGUUUCUUUUAAUAAACUUUUUUUUACAUUCUUAA